AUGAUGGAUGACUCUCCUUUACCAUUUAAUACAACUAAAGCUUAUUAUGAAAUUAUUCCAGGAUCACAGACAAAAAUCAAAAGAAAUUGGUUAUCCUAUAGUCAUGAACAUAACUCUUUAUUUUGUUCAAUAUGUUUAGUAUACUGCUCUAAAUCAUCAGCUUUUACUAGCGAUAGUGGAUUUAGCAGAUGGAUUCAUGUUUAUGAGCGUAUUAAAGAUCACGAAGAGUCAAAAAACCAUAGAGAAGCGUCAAAAUGUUUCAUGGCUGAUCAAUGUGGUAAAAGUGUUGAUGAAUUAAUAGAAAGAGUGCAGUGGGUUCAGAGGGAAAAUGAAGUGAUGAAGAGAAGAAGAGUAGCUCAAAUAAUUAUUGAUAUUGUUAAAGUAAUUGGAAAACAAGGAUUACCUUUCAGAGGAUUCAGAUAUGAGUCUGCUUACGAUUUAAAAAAUAUAUCAGUAAAUCAUGGGAAUUUUUUGGAAAUAGUAUUAUUGAUAGCAAAGUCGAAUGUAGAAUUAAGUGAUCAUAUUACUAAGGCAAUAGUUGAAAGUGAAAAGAAGUUGAAAAGAGGUAAAUCUGGUAGAGGAAAUUUGUUUACUUUUUUAAGUCACAAGACUGUAACAAAUGUAAUUCAAACUAUUGGCGAAUUAUUGUUGUCUAAGAUAUCUAAAGAAGUUAAUGUGGCUAACAACUAUUCCAUUACAAUGGAUACAACUAUGGAUGUUUCAACUCAUGAUCAAUGUGUAAUUGUUUUGCGAUAUUUGAAAGAGAAUGUCGAAAAUGAAAAAUCUUCAGUAGAAAUUAAGGAAAGAGUUAUAGCUUUGAAAAAAGUAAUUUCCUCUUCAGGACAAGACGCCUUUGAUGGAGCCGCUAAUAUGAAUGGAGAGUACAAUGGAGUCCAGGCAAAACUUAAAGAACUGCUUCCAAGGCACAUUCAUACAUGGUGCUAUGCUCACGUAUUGAAUCUUGUACUGCAACAAACAACUUCGAAAUCUUAUAAAAGGCUCAAUGUUUAUGAAUGUCAAAGUAAUUCUGGCCGUCAAUCACAUUUGAUAAAUAUAAGUGUAACUAGAUAG